UUCGAGGCAACCAUAUGUUCCACGGUGUCUGCAGACUUUAGUGUGAGCGUGAUUUUUAGUGGGCAGGAUCGCGAUCAUUUGGACAGAAAGAGGAGAAAGUGAGGCGAGCUGAGCGGAGGAAAGACACUCAAACCAGCAAGAGGGCUGAGGCUCAACUUUGUCGCAGAAGCGCACACAAGUCAGAGAUUACGCACUCAGGAACUUGACUUGAAGUCGCCAACAUUUUUGCUCUUGUCGAACUACAACUUCUAACUGGUGGAUGUUUAAAGCUGGCCAAGGUGUAACGCAGAGUCGAAGGAAUGUAUCCAAGUCGGACCGCGCUGAGCGGAUGUCUCCGGGGAUGUCCAGGCUGGAUGGUCGUGCUGCUCCUCGGCUUCCUGGACCUCAGCGUGUCGGGAUCUGACUACGCCCAAGACCCCAGCGUGGUAGCAGCCACUUCAUGGAACACUUCUACUGAUGGGCUAUCUUUUAUCCGUCUUGAAACUCCGAUGAACAACAUCACCACCUCUCUGGGCCAAACAGCUGAACUGUUCUGUCGCGUGUCGGGCAACCCACCACCGACAGUACGCUGGCUAAAGAAUGACGCGCCUGUGGUACAGGAGCCACGACGAAACUGGUUAGAGUUCGUGCCUGUGGCAGCUGAGCAGUCCAAAACAGCCUGCCACACUAAAAAGGGAAUCACUUUCCUACAUCACAUUGAAAACAUUUUAUGA